UAAAGUUUCUGCCAUGUUUAAGAAAAUAUAGUUGAAGAAUGCAUUCGUAGAAAGUGAUAAAUAAUUUUAAAUCUUAAUGAAUUACUUUUAAACAAUUAAAAAGUUAUGGCGUCAGUAAUUCCUUCGUCAAAAACUUGGAAAGAAACCAAUCGUUUACAUAAAGAACAACGAAAAAAAUGGCAGGAAGAGAGGUUAGUAAAAAAAUUGAAGAAGGAAGAAAGCAAUAAAGAAUUGCAAAAUGAAAAGCUAGGAACUACCGAAAAACAUUUCGAGAAAAAAGAUAUUUCAACUAUGAGCAUUGCGAUUCCUGGGUCAAUUUUGGAUAACGCGCAAUCUCCAGAAUUACGAACGUAUUUGGCUGGGCAAAUAGCACGUGCAGCAAGCAUUUACAAAAUCGAUGAAAUUGUUGUUUUUGACGAUAAAGGAGAAAUAACUGAAAGUGAAAAAAAGAAAGUGAGAAAUGACGAAAUAUUAGGUGAAAGAAGAAUUGGAUGCUUACAAUUAGCUAGAAUAUUACAAUAUCUUGAGUGCCCACAGUAUUUAAGAAAAUAUUUCUUUCCAAUUCAUAAAGAUUUGCAAUAUGCUGGAGUAUUAAAUCCUUUAGAUACUCCACAUCAUUUACGUCAGCAAGAUGUAUCUUUAUAUCGAGAAGGAGUAAUUACAAAUAAAGCAGUAAAAGUGGGUAAAGGUUCUCAUGUUAAUGUGGGAUUGCUAAAUGAUGUUCAUGUAAACAAGGUAUUAACUACUGGAUUGAGAGUUACUGUGAAAAUACCUGAGGAUCAACCAAACCCAAAAAAGUUAAAGGGUUUCAUUGUACCUCCUGAUGUUCCAAAAUCAGACACUGGCAUAUAUUGGGGAUAUACAGUAAGAUUAGCUAACAAUCUUACAGAAACAUUGACACAAUGUCCUUAUAAAGGUGGAUAUGAUUUGACAAUUGGUACUUCAGAUAAAGGAAUAUCUGUUGAUGAUGUUGAACCACAUAGCAUGAAGUAUCAUCAUGCUUUAAUAGUUUUUGGAGGUUUGUGUGGAUUAGAAGCUGCAGUGGAUGUUGAUUCUAAUUUAGACGUGGAUGAUCCAUCCUUAGUGUUUCAUAAAUAUUUGAAUACCUGUCCACAGCAAGGAUCAAGAACUAUCAGAACAGAAGAAGCUAUUUUAAUUAGUUUAGCAGAAUUAAGAACAAAAUUAUCUCCUAGUUGAAAUUUGUUUA